UGCAUGUGCUGUGUUUGGGGGAGGUGCCCGCUCUCCCACCCACCCGCUUGUAUUUUCCUGGCUCGGCGGCCGGGGCUACGGCAGCAGCGGCAGCAUGGCGAGCCCACCGGAGGGGGACGGCUGCUUCUCCGACGUGCGGAAGGUGGGCUACCUCCGCAAACCCAAGAGCAUGCACAAACGCUUUUUCGUGCUGCGGGCGGCCAGUGAGGCCGGGGGGCCGGCCCGCCUGGAGUACUAUGAGAACGAGAAGAAGUGGAGGCACAAAUCCGGUGCCCCCAAGCGCUCUAUCCCGCUGGAGAGCUGUUUCAACAUCAACAAGCGAGCUGACUCCAAAAACAAACACCUGGUAGCCCUCUAUACCCGGGACGAGCAUUUCGCCAUUGCCGCGGACAGCGAGUCGGAGCAGGAGAGCUGGUACCAGGCGCUCCUGCAGCUCCAUAACCGGGCCAAGGGACAUCACUUGCACCAUUCCCACCACGAGGCUGCAGCUUUUGGAGUGGGAGGGGGAGGAGGCGGAGGGGGGAGCUGCAGUGGCAGCUCUGGCCUGGGAGAAGCCGGGGAGGACAGUAGCUAUGGGGAAAUGGCCCCAGGACCAGCAUUCAAGGAGGUUUGGCAAGUGAUCCUGAAGCCUAAGGGCUUGGGGCAGACAAAGAACCUGAUUGGCAUCUAUCGGCUCUGCCUGACCAGUAAGACCAUCAGCUUUGUGAAGCUGAACUCGGAGGCGGCCGCAGUGGUCCUCCAACUGAUGAACAUUCGCAGGUGUGGUCACUCGGAAAACUUCUUUUUUAUUGAGGUGGGGCGCUCUGCGGUGACUGGACCUGGGGAGUUCUGGAUGCAAGUGGAUGAUUCUGUGGUUGCCCAGAAUAUGCACGAGACCAUCCUGGAAGCUAUGCGGGCCAUGAGUGAGGAAUUCCGGCCUCGGAGCAAGAGCCAGUCGUCCUCCAACUGCUCCAACCCCAUCAGCGUACCUCUGCGCAGGCAUCACCUCAAUAAUCCACCCCCCAGCCAGGUGGGGCUCACCCGCAGAUCCCGGACUGAGAGCGUCACAGCCACAUCACCCGCUAGUGUCGUGGGUGGGAAGCCCUGCUCUUUCCGGGUCCGGGCGUCCAGUGAUGGAGAAGGCACCAUGUCCCGACCGGCCUCGGUGGAUGGGAGUCCCGUAAGCCCCAGUACCAACCGGACUCAUUCACACCGGCAUCGGGGCAGCUCCCGCUUGCACCCGCCCCUCAACCACAGCCGCUCCAUCCCGAUGCCUUCCUCCCGAUGUUCCCCGUCGGCCACGAGUCCCGUCAGCUUAUCGUCCAGCAGCACCAGUGGCCACGGGUCAACCUCCGACUGUCUCUUCCCGAGGAGAUCCAGUGCUUCCGUGUCGGGCUCACCCAGUGAUGGGGGCUUCAUCUCUUCCGAUGAAUACGGCUCUAGCCCGUGUGACUUCCGAAGUUCCUUCCGUAGCGUCACUCCAGAUUCCCUGGGUCACACCCCGCCGGCCAGGGGCGAAGAAGAUCUGAGCAACUAUAUCUGCAUGGGAGGCAAAAACACGCCUAACUUGACCGCCCCCAAUGGCCAUUAUAACCUAUCCAGAAGUGGCAUUGGGCACCGCUAUACCCCGGGAGCUGGCCCGAGUCCUGCCACUGUGGGAGAUGAGGUAGCAACCGCUGCAGAGCUGGAGAAGAGUUUCCGCAAGAGAACACACUCAGCAGGUACUUCUCCUACUAUUUCUCACCAGAAGACACCUUCUCAGUCCUCCGUAGCAUCCAUUGAAGAGUACACAGAGAUGAUGCCUUCCUACCCGCCCUGUUCAGCAGCUGGCAGCGGGAACCGGGGCCAAGCCUACCGCCACUCAGCCUUUGUGCCCACCCACUCCUAUCCUGAGGAGUGUCUGGAGAUCCAUCCCUUGGAGGAUCGGGGCGGCCACCACCAUCACCGGGUGGAUACUCCGGUGCUACAUACAGACGAUGGCUACAUGCCCAUGUCUCCUGGGGUGGCUCCAGUGCCCAGUGGUCGAAAGAGCGGUGGAGAUUACAUGCCCAUGAGCCCCAAGAGCGUUUCUGCUCCCCAGCAGAUCAUUAACCCCAGCCGGCGCCAUUCUCAGAGGGUAGACCCCAACGGCUACAUGAUGAUGUCUCCCAGUGGCAGCUGUUCCCCAGACAGUGCAGGUGGCUCUGGCAGCAGCAACACGGCCACUUCCGGGAACAGCUACGGCAAGUUAUGGACAAACGGGGUGGGUGGCCACCAUCACCACCACGUUCACCCAAAGUUCUCUGUGGAGAGCAAUGACAGCAAGCUACCUUGCAGCAGCGAUUACAUCAACAUGUCCCCUGCUGGGGACUCUGUGACCAGCAGCCCCUCAGACGGCUACUAUGGCCCUGAUGAUCCACAAAACAAGGCCAUCUACUCUUACUACUCAUUGCCAAGAUCCUUCAAACAUACUCAGCAGCAGCAGCAGCAGCAGCAGCAGCAGCAGCAGCAGCAACAGCAGCAGCAACAGCAGCAGCAGCAGCAACAGCAGCAGCAGCAGCAGCGCCGGGGGGAGCCUGAAGAUGGUGGUCGACUCCCUCACCUGCGCCUCUCGGUCAGCUCUGGCCGCCUCCUGUACGCCACUGCAGCCGAGGACUCUUCCUCUUCUGCCAGCAGUGACAGCCUGGGAGGAGGUGGAGGCGCCCAGGAGGGGGCCCAUGGCCAUCUCCAUCAUCAGGCCCUUCCGCAGCACCUGCCCCGGAAAGCAGACAUGGUUGCCCAGACCAAGAACCGCCUAACCCGGCCCACCAGGCUGUCUCUGGAUGGCCCCAAGGCCAGCACCUUGCCUAGAGCCAGGGAGCAGCCCCAGCAGCCUCUUCUGCCCCCAGAGCCCAAAAGCCCGGGAGAAUAUGUGAACAUUGAGUUUGUGGGGGACCAGCCAGGCUACUCCCACGGAUCGGCCAUCUCCCUCUGCUCGCCCACAGUCAGGUGCCCAGUCCAGCGACAGCCGGCCCCCAGAGAAGAUGAGGCUGGCUCAGAGGAAUACAUGAACAUGGACUUGAGGCCUCCUCGGAGGCCUGCCUGUCAGGAAAGCUUUGUGGCAAAGGCUGGCAGAGCAUGCCCCCUGCCCACCGGGGCAGGUGGGGUGUGCAGGCCCAGCCGCGUGAUGCCAAACAGCCAGGAUUACGUGACCAUGCAGGUGGGUGGGCCCUGUCCUGGCUGUGCAGAUGCCUCCCUCAGCUAUGUGGUCAUGCAGGCAAGCAAGGCUUCGGAGGAGUCCGGUGUCCCAGCUGCUGCGGCUCCUGCCCCUUCCCUUCCUUUUACCGCAGCGCCCCCCUCUCUCCCCCAGCACCAAGGACAGGCAGAGCUGGCUAGCCGCCCAUCCCUGUUAGGAGGUCCGAAGGGACCCGGAGGAAUUAGCGCCUUUACCCGAGUGAACCUCAGUCCCAGUCGCAACCAGAGUGCCAAAGUGAUCCGGGCUGACCCCCAAGGGUGCCGGAGGCGGCACAGCUCGGAGACCUUUUCCUCCACCCCUAGUGCUUCCCGGGGCAGUAGCGUCACAGUGCCCUUUGGGGCUGCUGCCGCAGGUGGCUCUGGGGCCACUGGCAGCAGCGAAGAUGUUAAACGCCACAGUUCUGCCUCCUUUGAAAAUGUCUGGCUAAAGCCUGGGGAUGUCGGGGGCCCACCCAGCAGGAAGGAGACAUCCCAGAUGAGCGGGGCUGCAGCGGGUUUAGAAAAUGGACUCAACUACAUUGACCUGGAUUUGGUCAAGGAUUUUAAUCACCGGCCCCAGGAGUGUCCCCCUCUGCUGCAGCCUCCUCAUCAGCCCUGUGGCAGCGGCGGAGCCAGUGGGAACGGCUGCUCCAAUGAGGACCUAAGCGCCUAUGCGAGCAUUAGCUUUCAGAAGCAGCCCGAGGACCUUCCAUAGCUCCUCCUGAAAAAUCACAGCAGAAUGAUGACCUAUACAACCUCAGCAAAUCCUUCUUAACUCAUGGGUAUUCAGACGCCAAGUGUUUCAUGUCUCACAACUAGGACCUCACAUCCUCUUCCUCAGUAGAUGGUACGAUGCACCCAGUUCAGUUUGUUUACUUAACACAAACCUCAGGAGUCUGUUGACUGAACUGCACAUUCUCUGUUGUGCCAAGCAAAAAAGCACUGUGACAUCAAAACAAGGAGUCUCCAUAGCUUCAUCGGCAACCGCAAGGACUUAGCUGGCCACCAUGAACUGAUGUGCCCACCACUAUGUCAUAUGAGACUGGGUUUACUAUUAGCACAUUUACACAGUAUGCUAAAUUUCAUUUGCUGCUGAAAAACCUGUAUGACAGAUCAUCAUUGUAAAUUAUUACAUACCAAACUGUUGAUGUUGGUUGGAGAGUAUUAAAUAUUUAACAUAGGUUUUGAUUUCUAUAUAUAAUUUUUUUUUAAUUAAAAUGUAACUUUUUUUUUCUUACAGCACAUCUUUUUUUUGGAUGUGGAACUGAGGUACACUAUGUUCUGUUGUAAACAGAGUGGGGAAACUGCUUAAAACCAGGCUAAUAAGAAUAGAGUAGGGUACUAUUCUUGUUUGAAGAUUGUAAUUCAGAAAAUAAUAUAAUAUUAUUCCUAGGUCCGCAGAUGACCCUCGAUUGUACAGCUAUAUUUACUGAUAAUAUCUCUUGUAACAUAAAUCUGAUGUUGAUCUGAGUUCCUUACAAUGAAAUCAUAAUUUUAUACUUCUCUUAUAAGACAAUAGUAGGCGAUGUUAACUAAACUGAAGACAAAUUUUCUAUACGUGGUAUUUGCAAUUGUCAGCUUGAACUCGGCAAGUACACAGAAACAAAAAUAUGACAAAAAUAAUCAAAGUCUUCCAUUGUAUAUAUUGUAAAAAGAAGACGAAGAAGAAGAAGAAGAAAGAAACAUGGGUGAUCCCUUCAAAUUCAAAUCUCUCCUUGGAAUGAACAAUGUGGGUGUUUGUAAAUUCUGGAAAUCUCUUUCUAUGCGUAAUAAACUAGAUGCUGUUUA